CUGGUUGAUUAGUAUUUAGGGUUUCUUCCUCCCCUCUCAGUUCAUCGACCGUCUCGGGAGAGUUUCAUCAGAUUCGAAUUUGGGAAGACGACAGAUCUUGAACUAUGAGUAAGCUUCAAAGUGACGCCUUGAGGGAAGCAAUCUCUGUGAUUGUUUCGGAUUCUAAGGAGAAGAAGAGAAACUUUACUGAGACAGUAGAGUUACAGAUUGGACUAAAAAACUAUGAUCCUCAGAAAGACAAGCGUUUCAGUGGCUCUGUGAAAUUGCCCCAUAUUCCAAGGCCGAAAAUGAAGAUCUGUAUGCUUGGUGAUGCUCAGCAUGUCGAAGAGGCUGAGAAGAUAGGUCUUGAGUCGAUGGACGUGGAAGCUUUGAAGAAGCUGAACAAAAACAAGAAACUGGUAAAGAAGCUUGCUAAAAAGUACCAUGCUUUCUUAGCCUCCGAAGCUGUUAUCAAGCAGAUUCCGCGUCUCUUGGGACCGGGUCUAAACAAGGCAGGUAAGUUCCCUACACUUGUGACCCACCAGGAAUCUCUGGAAUCAAAGGUGAAUGAGACCAAGGCCACCGUAAAAUUCCAAUUAAAGAAGGUUCUCUGCAUGGGGGUCGCAGUUGGGAACCUUGACAUGGAAGAGAAGCAAUUAUUUCAGAAUGUGCAAAUGAGUGUCAAUUUCCUCGUUUCAUUGUUGAAGAAGAAUUGGCAGAAUGUGAGGUGCCUAUACUUGAAGAGUACCAUGGGAAGGCCGCAGCGCAUCUUUUAAGAUGAUGACAAGGUCGAAGAAAGGUGUAAGACAGCUAAAGCAUUUAGGAAUUAUUUUCUCGGAUUUUGUCGUUUGGCUUUUGCUGAUAUUUGUUAGUUCUCAAAUUUUGUGUUAUUGCACUCAUUCUGAACUAUCAUGUUUUGCUUGGCAGUUUCUUGAUCAUACUUUUUUGUGUUCA